AAUAUUUCAAUGAACGUCUUAGAAGUGUAAUCGAUGAUAAACUCUGUGAUUAUAAUGAAUUUGGAGACUCCCAGAAGAUUGAUGAAGGCGCAUUUGGGAAAAUAUUAAAAACUCAAUGGAGAAAUAAAACUGUUGUUCUUAAAACAAUUAAAUUCGAUCCGGAUGAAAAGAGCAUCAAUAAAUUUAUUAAUGAGCUUCAACAUUUUCAAACGAUUAGUCAUCACCCAAAUAUUAUUCAUUUCUAUGGAAUCACUAUUAUCCUGACUAAAGAAUAUAGUACUAUGAUGGAAACUGUAAAUCCUACUGACAUUAUAGGCAAAAUCGAACAAGGGUUCAUAUUCAAGGAUAGACUAAUUAAAAAUGCGAUUAAAAGUGCGUUUAAGGUUGAUAAAGAUAAAAUUCAACCAAAACUUUUUAAUUAUAUUGAUGAACAAAGGAAAAUAUGCAAUAAUGAAUUGGAUAAUUUAUGCAAUAAAAAUCUUAUUUCAUAUGGUGAAAUCUCAACUAUUUUACCUUGGCUUUCCAUCUUUCUUGGAAUGUCUAAAGAAUCUUCCAAGAAAUACCUUGAGCCUUCAAUAACUACCGAAAUUUUAGUUACAAAAUUAAUAAGAGCUGAGGUUAUAAUUACAAAAGAAUGUUUGAAUUUAUCAGAAAAUUUCGAAAGAGAUAUUAAUGGUGCGUUGGAAUCAUGUAAUAAAAUAGACAACCUUCGGAAAAUAACAGAGAACUAUGGAUAUUUUUAUGCGCGUCGCAUUGUUUUUGGAGGAGCUAUAAUAAAGGAACUCAAUACCAAUAAUUCAAUUGAUAGCAAUUUAAAAGUUAUUAAUGGAGACGAUCUUGAAAAUAACUGUCCCCCAGCAGAAUUGACUGCAUCACUUGAACAUUUCAAAAAUUGGAAAAUAAUCGAAUAUAGUGAUAUUUAUCCAAUAUUUGAUAUUUUAGGUGAUAAUUUGAGAAAAAAAGUUUUAGAUGUGUUAGGCUAUCGAAUUUUAAAAG